UGCCUCCAAACGGCAAAUCAUGAUCAACCCCCUCCUGUUGUUUCUUUCCCACAUCCUACUCCAUUUUCCUACUUAAGUAUAAAACAAAAUUUAGCUUCCAAAAAAUAAAAAAGAAAAAGAUUUUGUUUCCAAUUCUGAUUCCAAAUGAAGGAUGAUGACACUGUGCCGACGACGACGGCAACAACGGGCACGGCGUAUGUGAAAAAGGAAAGCUCAGAUUCGAGUCUAUUUGGUAAAGGCCGUUAUAAGUUCUGGGCAUUAGCAGCGAUUUUGUUGCUGGCAUUCUGGUCGAUGUUCACCGGCACCGUAACUCUCCGGUGGUCCGCCGGUAAUCUCAACCGUCUUUCCGAUGAUCUCGAUAGCCCCAUCCAUGACGAUCUAGACGUCCUCGAAAUGGAGGAGCGAGAGAAGGUGGUGAAGCACAUGUGGGAUGUGUACACUAACAGCCGUCGGAUCAGAUUACCGAGGUUUUGGCAAGAGGCGUUUGAGGCUGCCUACGAGGAGUUGACCAGUGACGUGCCUGGGGUUAGAGAGGCUGCAAUCACUGAGAUCGCUAAGAUGUCCAUCCGCUCCGUCGAUCUUGAUCCUCCUCCCAUCCAAUCAACGAACGCAAGGGAACUGAGCAAGGGUCUGAAACGAUCGGAGAAAGGAGGAUCCAAGGUAGCCUCUAUCGGAAGUGGUCAAUGAUGUGAAGAAUGCUGGAUCCGAGGCUUUCCAAGUCUUUUUAUUAUUUUUGUAACUCUCAGUUGCUCGUGUGCUGCCCAAGUUUGUCAGAGGUAGUGGUCGGCAAAACCAUAGUUGUUCACAUUUUUCUCACAGCAACAAACUAUGUAUUUAUUUAGUUAGGCUCUCAAUUCUUUUUAAAAAUUUUGCUGUCACGAUCUUGUCUUGUGGAUGGUAAAACUGAAACAAUCAUCUUCCUUAGCCUGAUAAAUGGAAGCGAGAAAAUUUUGAAGAGAUUUCUUUUA